CUCCACGCGGCGGGAUCGCUCUCGGGAUCGUGCCAAGGACAGGCGGCGCAGCCGUUCACCCCGAAGCAGGAGCCGGCCUCGUCAUCGUGUGCGGGACUCAUCUCGAGACCGUGAUCGAGACCGUGAUCGUGACCGUGAUAGAGAUCGUGAUCGCGAGAGGCAUCGGGACCGAGAUGAAAGGAGUGACCGCCGGGACUCCAUCAUUCGACGUGAUCGCAGCAGAAGCCGCUCGCCAAGACGGGACCGAGGUCGCAGGGACCGCAGCUUAAGUCGGCGGCGCUAGAAGCGGUCCCGAUUUGAUGACCGCGAUUCUGACUGCUCCUCCAUCCUGUGCUCUGUGCCAGGCACACACGGCGCCUCUGGUGGUGUAAGGGACAGAAGCUGCAUGAGUAUCCGUGGAGGGGAUCAAGAUAGUGGAUCUGAUGGCUCGACCUGCUCAUGAUGGUGUUACUGGGGCUCUCACCUGGCCACACACACAGCAACGUCGAGAGAUUCCAAGACCUGAUGGGACUGUCAUCACUAUCCCUAAAGGCCCUGUGGCAUGGGUCAAAGAGAUGGUGGCGAAGCAGCACAAGAGUAACUUCCUCAAAUAAUUUCUGGGUGGGACUUGCAUUGGAUCAAGGACCACUGGGGGGUUGGUUGUGUCCAGCAGCAAACAGGAAGCAGUAUAGUGGACUAAGAGGCCAUACUUACUCAGUCUUGUUCUUAUUUACAGUUCCUUCCUCACAGAGGGGCUACCUGAGUAGGGGAUCAAGCGAGGAAAAGACCUUAUAAGAAGUGAUUAAUGAUAAUGCAAAAGAAAAACACCUGCACACCUCC